AUGGAUUCUUCCCUCAAGAACCCUAGCUACUACCAUCAAUGGCAACCUCCUUCCUCCGCUCCUUUUCCUCCACCGCCGCCCCUCUCUCAGCCGUCUAUUUCUCAUCAAUUCCAUCACAAUUACAGCAACUUCACCCACCGCCAAGGCUUUCCUCCGCUACCGGCGAUUAAUCAGCCGCCUUUAUACUACUCCCAGCCUCCGCCUCCGCCGCAUGUUAGUUAUGAGUCUCCCUGGAUAUCGCAGCCGUCUAGUAAUUUCGAUCAGUCUGCUUGUGUUGGUUACAUGGGAAAGCGAAUUGAUUCACGGAUAGUGAGCCCUAACUAUCAAUUGGAUUACGGGAAUCGAACGAAGGAUUGUUUUCAUGGUGUUUCCGCUUCUGAUUUGGAUAGCAAUUUUAGGUUUAGGGAUAGAUUCAGUAGUCUUGGAUACGCAAGAAAGGGUUUUGGGGAUUUUAUACCGGAGUCUGAUGGAUACUGUAGGUCUUUAGGGGUAGGAACAAGUUUAGGUCAUGGCAAUGCCCCAUUUGUUGCAGGUAAUGGGGGAACUGGAAACCAGAGAUGGGUUGAGAUACCUAAGGAUGAUUAUUACCGUUCCGAGAUUGAGCCGUAUUUUGAUAAUGGAAAGACUAAGGGCAGCGAUGAUAUGAAUCGAACAGCUAAUAGGUUUAAGUCGUUUAAGGUGAAACGAAAGGAAACUCGUUGCAUUGCUGGAAAUGUGCUUAUGGGGGAGGUCACGAAGAAAAAAGAAAGCUUUCCACAGCCUACAUCAUCUGAUAUUGAGAACUUAUCGAGGUGUUCUGAAGGAGGAGUUCCUUUUGCUAGUAGGGCCAUGUCUAGUUUUCAAUCCCAACCUUGUGAAGAUGAACUACCGAAGAAAGAUAUGGAUGAUCUGUCACCAAGGAAUUUACGAAUGGAGGAUGUAAAUGAUAACAGCUUCGCAGUUGAGACAAAUACCACUACUAGGAUUGAUUCCCUUGAUGGAACUGUUGUUUCACAAGCUGAAAGUCAAGCCUGUGAAAAUGGGGUCAAUUCAUCCGUUGAGAAUGUUAGCAGGAAACAAUCCAUGGAAACUAAGCCUCUAAAUAGCACUGCAGAAGUUGAUCAGAAUCUAGGUAGUGAUGCAGGUAAGUACACUUGUAGAAUUAGCAUUUCGUCAUCUCCUAAGAGUGUUGCAGGAAAGGGAUCAUCAAACGUGCAGCCCGUGGAGAGAACUUCUGUGUUGUUGAGCAGCAUCGAUAAGAAUAAGGAUGGUUGGAGUAAUGGGUUGGUUGUCGAUAGAGAAUUAUCAUCUGCUGUGUAUUUGGAAGAUGUAAGUUUUGCGCCUAAUCAAGAUCUGGGUUUAAGUUCUCAUGAUCCUGCUGUGGAUCAGUCUUGUAACUUAGAUCGUAGAGGGUUGAAAUCUUGUUCAUCUGAGUCAUAUAUUUCGCUUAGGAAAGGUACUAAUGUUGAUGCAAGUGAAUUCCAUUUUAACCAAGAAGAUAAGGAGAAGUCCCCUACUUGCAGUAGCUUGCCUGUAUCAGAAAUUGGAAAUAUGGACAGUUCUGGCAGUGAAACGGACUCAGAAUGUGCUCCCCUUGAAACUCAACCAUGUCAAGCAGGACGCAAGGUGCUGCCUAAUGACCAUUUAGGAUGUGGCUCAUCUGAUGUUGUGUGCUCUAUGGAUAAAGAUAUGGUAGAUGAUCCUUUGAGGAUCAGUUCUUGUUUGGUACCUGAUGGUUCUAUCAGUUCGUGUCAUCUUUCUCCCUCUGUUUCUGUGAAUGAACGAAGUAAGACAACUUUGAGCUCCAUAAGUGAGAAAACCCAAAAGAGGGCAAAUAAAUAUAUGCAUUCUGCUCAGGAGAGGUAUCCACGUUCUCAAUCUGACACUAAGAAGGAUGCAAACCCUCCAAUUAAUGUCACAAAGCAUCGCACGUGGCAUCGAAAGUCCGAUACUUCUGCUUCUCCUCUGGUAGCUGUCAAGCCCAAAGUGACUGUCCAAUCUAGUAGCACUUAUGUACGUAAAGGAAAUAGUCUUCUUCGGAAACCAUCUCCUGGUUAUCUAGGUGGUGAAGCGCAAACUCUGCAGAGGCACUCAAGGGCUCCCUCAGACUGUACUUCUUCAGGGAAAUGUGCAUUAUCUUCUGGCAUGGAUCCUCUUUCUAACGGUUUACAUGGAUCAUCAUCUGAAGAAGCUGAUGAUCCCGACUAUUUCCGGAAUGGAUUAAAGAGUUCUGAUACACUAGCUCAGACAGGUUAUGCUUCAGAUUGCCAGCCACAAAAUCUUACGAAGUUGGAAUCUUUAAAUCCAAGUAAAAUGUUGUAUGCUAAGAGGAAAGCAAAUCAGUUGGUUGCAGCUUCAGAUAUUCAUGGUGCAAGUACGAGCGAGAUACUACACUCUGGUGGUUACUUCAAGAGAAGUAAAAAUCAACUAGUUAGGAAUUCAGAGAGCCUUGUUAAUCAGGCAGAAUCCUUACCUGAUGAUUCUUUAGAUUUGCAGACAGGUGAGAAGAUGGUUUCAAAGAGAUCCUCUAGCUCGGCGGUCUCCGAAUUUGGUAUGUUGGGAGAAAUAGAUCUGUGGGUUCUUUCUGUUAUGAGACCAUUUAAUCGAUCAAAUUUUUCUUUGGUCUGGACACUGAAAGAACCACUGUCAAGAAAGGCCAAUGGAAUUCACACCAGCCCUCAGAAGAUUGUGCCUCAACCAGCCUCGGUUCUGCAAAAUGGCUCUUUUUCCUCCAUCGGUCGAAAAUUUCUGAUGAUGAGAAAGAGACGUACAGUGUACAGAAGAUCAACUAAUGGGCAUUCGCUUAAAAGGUCGAAGGUAGCAAGUAUUGGUGGGUCACACUUAAAGUUGUCCAAGUCCGUUGAGAGAGACUCGAAGAAACCUGAAUUUCUGUCAGAUGUUGAGUCAUGGCGCUCUGCUUUUCCUGAAUGUGGGAAGGAUACAAAGAAAUCAUUUACACCAAGGAGAUUGGUGAUCGGCAAUGAUGAAUCUGUUUGGAUCAGAAAUGGUCUCCGGCUUGGUGGAGAUCCAAAGAAAAGAACUCGUGUGUUGGCAAAUGAGAAGGUCAGAUGGAGCCUGCACAAUGUUCGGUUGCGGCUAGCCAAAAAAAGGAAUUACUGCCAGUUUUUCACAAGAUUUGGGAAAUGCAACAAAGAUGAUGGAAAAUGUCCAUAUAUUCAUGAUCCUUCAAAAAUUGCAGUGGUUCCAGAGAGGAUGCCUGAUUGUUCUUAUUUUCUGCAAGGAGUAUGCAACAACGAGCCAUGUCUAUAUAGGCAUGUCCAUGUCAAUCAGAAAGCUGCAAUAUGUGAAGGCUUUUUAAGGGGAUACUGUUCAGAUGGAAACGAGUGUCGGAAGAAGCACACAUACACCUGCCCAGUUUUCGAGGCCACAGGAUCUUGCCCUCAAGAGACCGAAUGCAAACUCCACCACCCCAAGAAGCGAAGCAAAGGAAUAAAGAGGAAAAGAGAAAAUGAACCAUGGCAGAGAAAUUCCUCUAUGCGUUACUUUGGUUCCAUGCACAAAAGUCUUCCAGAGUGUGAGCCAAUGUUGGUCAAUGAGCUUGCUGCUGAUGGUGCAUUUUUUGGAGGGGAAGGCCUCGACUUUAUUCGACUUGAUCGUGAUGAGCACGAAGCCAGUGAGAACAUGGAUUCAAGACCUGCGGAAUCAGGUUCUGACGAUAGUGAAGCGCAUGAUUCAAUAGACGAGCUAAUCAGACCAGUGGGAUUGAUGCAGAAGUAG